CAUCGUUGUGCUGAGGCUUUUGCGAAGCAAAAAUGUCUGCCUAAGGGAAACUCGCAAGUGACAUAUAGAGGAUAUUUGCGAACUAAUAUAGCGCAAACCACAAUUUUACUGACUUUGAGACGCAUUCCAAAGAAAACGAGGCUUCUACUGCCACACCCGAUCGCCCUAGUUGGAAUUUCAAACGGAAAAAGGUAAUAUUUAUAAGUGAGUUUGCCAGAAGGUUUUGGACUGGGUGAAAGAAGUUGGAUUUAACACAGACUGGAGAGUGUAUGAGUAAAUGAUUGACAUUUUACGCCAAAAACUGGUUUAAAGAUCGCAAGGAUGAAUCCUCAGCAGCGGAUUGCCGCUAUCGGGACAGACAAGGAAUUGAGUGACUUACUGGAUUUUAGUGCGAUGUUUUCGCCACCUGUAAACAGUGGGAAAAACCGACCAACCACCCUCGGAAGCAGCCAAUUCAGUACGUCAGGUAUGGAUGAGCGCCCGGUCCAGGCAUCCUGGGCCUCAGGUGGCCAGUCCAGUCCCUCCUUCCAGCCCUCCAGGGGGUUUGCAGACAGCCCUCAUUAUGGUGAUCACUUGAGUGACAGUCGAUUAGUGUCCCAUGAAGGAUUGUCCCCGACACCUUUUAUGAACUCCAGCAUAAUGGGUAAAUCGGAGAGGUCUACAUUUCCAGCCUAUGGGAGGGAGCCUGGGGUGUCUGGUUGCCAGGCUAGCACGCGCGCCGACAUCGCCUUGGCCAGUCCCGGGCCGGCACCGGCGCCAGGAAAGUCGCCUGCGUCGUUCUACUCCUUCACCGGGGCCAAUCCCAGAAGACGCUCUCUACAGGACCCCAAACCAGUUGAUCCUCAACAAACAAAGAAAGUUCGCAAGGUCCCUCCUGGCUUACCUUCAUCUGUGUACGCACCAUCUCCCAACUCUGAAGAUUUCAACAGAGACUCCCCCUCAUACUCUUCUACUAAACCGCCCAGCAGUAUGUUCGCCAGCACUUACUUUGAUGGGACCCAUAGUUCCUCGGACCAGUGGAAUUCAUCCAAUGGGAUCAGCCAGCCCGGCUACAGUGGAAUGCUGGGAGGGUCGUCAUCUCACAUGCCACAGUCUGGAAACUACGGCAACCUGCACUCACACGAGCGUCUGAACUACCCUCCACACUCGGUCUCUCCAACAGACAUCAACGCCAGUCUUCCUCCAAUGUCCAGCUUCCAUCGCAGCAAUGCCAGCACCUCACCCUUCGUCAACGCCACACACACCACCCCGCCCGUCAACGCCCCCGAGGGAGUCAUGGCUGCCACAAAUCGGGGGAACGGCAGCGGAGGUUCACAAACUGGAGACGCGCUGGGCAAAGCCCUUGCCUCGAUUUACUCUCCCGACCACACCAGCAGUAGUUUUCCAUCCAACCCCUCGACCCCCGCUGACUCUCCCUCGCCCCUGACGGUCACGGCUGGUGCUGCAUCGUCUGCAGGUACCAACCAGUGGUCCAGAGCUGGGAGCCAGAACCCCUCGUCUCCAAACUACGAAAACUCUCUGCACUCACUGUCUCGGAUGGAGGAUCGCCUGGACAGACUGGACGAUGCCAUCCUCGUCCUGAGGAACCAUGCCGUGGGCUCCACCGCCAGUCUGCCCAGCGACAUACACAGCCUGCUGGGACAAGCACACAAUGGACCAAUAGCAGCCAUCGGAGCCAGCUUCCCUGCUUCUGGGUUGGGUGGCAGUCGGACGGCAGCGAUGGGUGGGGCCCACCGUGACGAGGCUGGCGGUCUGAACAGCAGCCAUGGAGGCCUGGUUGGGGGAGGGUCCACUUCCAGCGCUGAGCUCAACCACCAAGUAGAAACCUUCAGAGGUCUGGCUGCAGGUCUGGCGGGCCAGGUGGCCGCUGCCCUAGAGCUGAAGAUGGAGAGUCAGGACAAGGAGGACAUGCACGACAACCACUCCUCCGACGACCUCAAGUCAGACGACGAGAGCGACAGAAGAGACGUCAAGACUCCCCGAGGAGGCACCCGGACGAGCAGCAUCAAUGAGGACGAGGACCUGAACCCAGAGCAGAAGGCCGAGCGGGAGCGCGAGAGGAGGAUGGCCAACAACGCCCGCGAGCGUCUGAGGGUGCGCGACAUCAACGAGGCCUUCAAGGAGCUGGGACGCAUGUGCCAGCUCCACCUGAAGAGCGAGAAGCCCCAGACCAAGCUGCUGAUCCUCCACCAGGCCGUGGCCGUCAUCCUCAGCCUGGAGCAGCAAGUCCGAGAGCGAAACCUGAACCCAAAAGCGGCCUGCCUUAAGAGGAGGGAAGAAGAAAAGGUGUCUGGGGUCUCUGGAGACCCCCAGCAAGCCCAUCCAGCGGUCCACCCCAGCCUCACAGACACAUCCAACCCCAUGGGACACCUGUGAGGAGCAUUCAGAUCAAAGUGAUCCAGAUCAAUUCUGUAAGAUUUGAGGACCUUGCUUCCCAAUGGCAGACAGGACUCACAGUUUGUGACACAAAUUGGAGGAGACAGACCACUUGAAGCUAAACUCCAGACUAACACAAUCCUGAGAUUGAAGACAACCCUGUGUCCAGGUCCCUGUGAUGGCGGCCCUCAGCAAAAUUCUGCCCACUAGAAAAACUUCAGCACAUAUCACUGUCUGCAAGCAGCGUUGUCGCAUCUGAACAAUCAGAGACUGUCGCGAUCUCCUCCACCCCCCAUGUGGAAGUUGCCUUGUGCCUAAACUGAAUUGACGAAUGCAUUGUAACAGCAAUUGUUUUUGUUUUUGUGUUUUGUAUUCAUUUUUUUCUAUUUAUUAUGUUACUGAGCUAUAAAGUUUAUGUUUCUAAAGGGAAAGCUAUGAAAAUUGCUUUGAGAAGCCUGUGGCUGUUCGGUUGAUCUACAGUUUGCCAGUGUCACUCAUACAGCCCAGCCCUCCAGCAUGGCCAGUCUAGUGUGAGCCUGAUCUAAGGGAACGAUACUCAGGCACUGAGAAAGAUGCAAAUUAAUAUAUGUUUAUGCCCAACUGCAAAAGAAUUGUCGCUUCUGAGCGUUCAAAGACCAAAAGUCUAAAAAAGAUAUGUUACUCACGUAUAUUUAUUUCUAUUCAUUCCGCAAUGAACAGCAUGGCUAACCAAAACUACCUACUCAUGAGUGUGUUCAGUCUUCUAUGUUACUGAAUUUGAAGAGUGCUGACCAUGAGUGGUGUGAUCUUACCAGUGGGACUACAGGCCGUAGUACACUAGCUUGGACACCAUUAGUCUCUGUGUUGAAGGAGACAGAGCUGUGGCAAACUUUAGUUUUCCUGAACAGUCAGCUACAGGCUUAUCGUGUUUAUUCUCCCUAGCGAGCAAGUCCGAUACAGAGAGCAAACCAUUCACAGGCCGUAGCAUUCCCUGCAUACUUCUUAGUGUCUUAACUAAAGGAAAAGAGGGACUUCACUGCCCAUCGAUUCCUUUGCCAUAUAGUGUUAAAUGUAAGCAUAUUUCUGAUGUUACAGUUUAUUUUCUAUGAUAGCAUAUGGGCUUUGGUUAUGCUAUUAGUUAGUCAUUCUUAGGACUUCUGUCCUGAAGUUUCUUCUGUUUGUGAUAGUUAGUGCUGUCUCAUCAGAUAUAUUUUAGUGAAGAAGUAGAAACAAAACGAUGACCACAAUAUCACCUGGCCUGAAAGAACGUAUCACUUUCUUUUCUUUCUGUUAAUAAAGAAAUAAAAGUAACAAAAAAGCAUUAUUCAAAAUAAUCACAAUUUAUAUGUUUAUUUGUAACUGUAUACAACUCAUGUUUCUAGGCUUUUGUCGUAAAGCAUAUGAUGUCCAAUGUGAAGUAGCAGAGAGAAACUUUUUAAGUGAUUUAGAAUGGCUCUGUUUUGAUCAAAGCAGUAAAGUACUUAAAUACAGUGAGCCUCAGUGUGUGGAUGGAAGGGUAAUGGCUAGACUAGAUGCUUCAUGAAUUCACAUGUUGUUGAAUUGGUCCUGCAGGCUGGUGCCACAUUAAACGAAAGCAGUUUUGAUCACGAUUUCCUUGUUUCUUUUUACGUUUGCGGAUAAAGAACAUUGGUCGCCGAUUUAAUUUGUUUGUGUGCAUGUUUUUUUCUCCUUUUUUUAAGUCUCUUUUGGUCUUAAAUCUUGCUUUAUAUUCCAUUUAUUUAUUUAUAUAUUGUCUUCCAUUAUCACCUUCCCUUAAAACAAGACUGACACAUCCAGUAUUCUGUAAAAAAAUAAAAAUAAUAGAACAAAGGAUGCCACUGAAUACCAUCCCAAGAGUUUCAUAUUACAACAACACUCAUUUGUGAUAAACUUGGGAUCCCUUAUUGUCAUGUUUCUUUCUGACUGUAUGUGGCCUUGUUCUUCAUUUCAGUAUUCAUGAGUUUGUAUUCAUGUUGCUGGCAGACUUUGAUUGAGGUUAUAAUGUAUGUCACUGCCUGCUCUCAUUUUCCCUAUUUUUUUUCUGUUGUCUGUUUCUUUGCUCCUCUGUUGGCUUUGUUAGACUUUGCUGUAUUCCCAGAUGCUUUCCCUCGUAUAAUA